GUGCGUAUGGUGGGCUGUCUCGCAGCGUCACGGAGAGCUUGACUUUCUUUCACUUUAUCCUCUCUUUCCCCCCCCCCUCUCCUCCCGGAGAGUUAACGCCAGCUGCCGGGCUCCCGAGGGUUAAACUCUGAAGAAGUGCUGAGACUGAAUAUAGCUCAUCAUGAACAGCCAGGAAUGCUUUACAUGUGGACGUAGUGGACAUUGGGCACGUGAAUGUCCAAAUGCAGGUGGGCGUAGUCGGAUUAGAGGUCGUGGCAGAGGAAGUUUCACUGCUGCAAGAGAUAUCUGCUAUCGUUGUGGUGAAUCAGGCCACCUUGCAAAGGAUUGUGAGCUCCAGGAAGAUGCUUGCUACAACUGUGGUAAGGGUGGUCAUAUUGCCAAAGAUUGCAAGGAGCCAAAGAAGGAGAGGGAGCAGUGCUGCUAUAACUGUGGCAGGCCUGGACAUCUAGCCCGUGACUGUGAUCAUGCUGAUGAGCAGAAAUGUUAUUCAUGUGGAGAGUUUGGGCACAUUCAGAAGGACUGCACUAAAGUCAAGUGCUAUAGGUGUGGUGAAACUGGUCACGUUGCCAUCAAUUGCAGCAAGGCAAGUGAAGUGAACUGCUACCGCUGUGGUGAAGCUGGACAUCUUGCACGGGAAUGCACGAUCGAGGCCACAGCUUAAAUCUUUCUUUGUCGCCCCUCCUUUUUUCUGAUUGAUGGUUGUAUUAUUUCCUCUGAAUCCUCUUCACUGGCCAACGAUUGGCAGAUAGAGGCUAGUCCCAGGCCAAGUGAGCUUUACUUAAAAUGUAAAAGGAGGAAAGGGGUGGAAAUUGACUUUCUGCAUUUAACUACAAAUGUUUAUGUUUUAGUUUGGUAGAGGUGUUAUGUAUAAUGCUUUGUAAAAGAACCCCCUUUCCAUGCCACUGGUGUAUAGGGAUGAAUGAGUGGGAAGAGCUGAACCCGAUCAGUGACCCUUUGGGUUCUAGAAGUGAUUCUGUGGGAGGAAACCAAACCUGGAAGUGUCUGUGAAAACUUCCGCAUGUGAUUUCUUGAAAUGUUGGCUUGAAUUGUUUGAUCUUGGGAGCAGUUCAUUACAUAAACCAACAUCUGUAUCGGGGCCCUAUGUCUCGUAAACAGCAAAGUGGGAGUAAACAAUGAGAAACAAAAGAGCAAGCCUGUCCACAGCUGAAAAGUACAGGUUUUUUUUUUAAAAGCAUCAUAGGAGUAACCAACUUAACAUUAGCUGAAACCAGUCAGUGUCGGAGAUACAGAUGUUCAAGCAGAAGUUUGAAUAAAUUUUUGAAUGUAGUUUAGAGCUAUAAUACCCAUUAUGAAAUACCACAACAAACACAUAGCAAACAGGAUUGGAACUACACAGCAGUUGAAUGUGUUUUCACAGAAAUCAAGAUGUUAUUUUUGUAUAAUCCAAUUAGACUACUGUAAAGAAUCAUUUGCUUGAAAUCAGUUUUUUUAAGACAGAAGGUAAAAGCAACUGAAGUCUUAGAACUAUAGAAAUGUAAUUUUAAACUAUCAAUAAAGCUGGAGGAGGAAGGGGAAAGUUUGUCUGAGUGAUCUUUGGACAGUAUUCAGUGUACAAUUUACAUAGCUGAUGUGCAUUUCCUUUUCUAGGAAAAGAAUACAAAACUAGUUUUGUUUUUUAAGAGCACAUACACUGCACUUCUGAUAAAUCAAAAGUGCACUUUUUAUUUUUAAAAAUGAGAACUGAGUAACUGCCUUGAGUGGAAGUUCAAUUAAGUUUAGACUAGUUUAAACUGGAUUUUUUUUUGGUAUUCCUUAUGACACAUGCACUUUUACUGCUCCCUCUGAAGAACGAUUUAGAAAUACCUGAGGGAUAUGGCUUGGCACUUACUAACUAAGAUAAAUUUGGGGAGUUUACUGCUCAAUAUUGUGGAUUUUUAAAAUACCCAUGGUAGUAGAGGCUUUGGUAGUUUAAUUGAACAAGCCUAAUUGAAGAAUCCAGAAAGGAUGUAUGUGAAGGAAAUUGAACAUAAAUUUCCCUUUCAAGAAAGGAAUCAGUAACUUCAGCCUGGAAGCCUUAAAUUUAGAAUAUUAAUUCAACCCAGCUCUCAAUGCCUUUUGAAAGGCCUCUUGUGCCUGUUAUUUUGUUUUAAUCCCAACAGAGACUACAGUGUAGAAAAUUGAGUAGACUGAGGAAAACAUUGUGUACUCACUAAUUGGCUUAUGUGUGAAACUAAGUGUAGCAAAAGAGCAUUAAAGCACUUUACUAACUAGUUGAGUACUUUUUAUGUAAUAUGGCCAUAUUGUAUAUAAUGUUCAGCUUGACUUGGUUCAGUCUCUUAUAAAAUGUUAGCCUUGUA